GUGCUGGGGUUUCGGUGCUGGGCUGGGCAGGCCCGCGGGAGGCACGGUGCUCCCUCGGAGGCUCGGAGGAGCUCAAGGCUGGGACAUCCGGGAGGAGAUGUCCUGGAAGGUGACAGGUUGUGCUGUUGAUGUGCAUGGCAUGGGCGUGUGCUCACCAAAAUGUGCCCGAGAGCGGGUCAGGAGGGGCUGGAGCCGUCGGGAAAGAGAAAAGUGGCUGGAAGGGGAGCAUGUCUGUGUGAGGAAAUAAAUUGGUCACAAUUCCAACCAUGAGUUGGAAGCUUUCUGUGGUGAAAUUGCAUAGGUGUGCUCUGACAGGAGCUCGCUUGGUGUGAUGUGGUUUUCUUACACAGUGGUGAGAUCUCAACAGCUGUGAAUUUUCUGGGUGGGGCUAAGCCCGAGUGCUGCUAGAGCUACCUGCAGGGCAAAGUGCUGCUUCCUCUAUGAUGUCUGUCAUCAGGAGUUGGUACCGCAGCUGCUGUCACAUUGCUCCGUGUUUGAGUUUAGCUGCAUGUUUGCAGUUCGCUUGCCCUCACACAUCUCUUGUCUGUAGAAGUCUUAAAAGGGCCUGACACAACUGGUUUGCUUGACAAACAAUGAACUCUGCAAAGAGGCAUUUCGGGGAAAGUCAGAUGCAGAGGGAUCAAGGGGAGUAAGUAGAUGAAUACUCAGAGGGCAUGGCGUUAACCCUUGAGCAGACUUUUGGGGAAAAAGUUUUGGGUGUGAAGGAAAGGUGAAGUAAGUUGGAGUUGGAGACAUUUGAGCAAGUCAGUUCUGUAAUAUGUGCUAAAGUUAAGUGUUUUGUGCAGAUGGGGGGGUCUCUAAAUUGCUUUAUACUGACAUGGAUUCCUUGGCUUACCAGUUUCAGAAUGCUGUGGGAGUUCUUUUGAUCUCCAAUCAGAGACUCUACAAGUGAAUGAGAACUUCUCCCUACAGAACUGAGGUGAAGAACUUCACCAUGGGUCAACAGAUUUCAAACCACACUCAAACUGUAAUUAACAAGUUGCCAGAAAAAGUAGCAAAGCAUGCCUCUUUGGUUCAAGAAAGUGGUUUCCUAACCUAUGAAGAGUUUCUGGGAAGAGUAGCUGAACUUAAUGAUAUUACUGCAAAAUUGGCUUCUGGACAAGACAAACAUCUGUUAUUUGAAGUGCAGCCUGGGUCUGAUUCUUCUGCUUUCUGGAAGGUGAUCGUUAGGAUAAUAUGUACCAAAAUAAAUAAAACAAGUGGCAUCGUGGAAGCUUCCAGAAUCUUGAACUUAUAUCAGUUCACUCAACUUUAUAAAGACAUCACCAGUCAAGCAGCAGGAGUUCUUGCACAGAGUGAUACUUCUGAAGAAGCUGCUGAGAGUUGGAUGUCUCUGAGUUCCUGUCAGGCCAGCCUUUGGAUGGGAAGGGUUAAACAGCUGACAGAUGAAGAGGAAUGUUGCAUCUGCAUGGAUGGGCGUGCUGAUUUAAUCCUGCCAUGUGCUCACAGCUUCUGCCAGAAAUGCAUUGAUAAAUGGAGUGACCGGCACAGGAACUGUCCCGUGUGCCGCCGGCAGGUGACUGGGGCAGGAGAUUCCUGGGUGGUGUCAGAGGCCCCUACAGAAGAUGACAUUGCCACUUACAUCCUUAACAUGGUGGAUGAGGCGGGGCAGCCCCACAGGCCCUGACCCUGCCCACCAGGCUGAUCAUAGCACAACCACUUGAAGCUUUUGUUAUACCUCUCCUCGCCGUUCUUCCACAGCCUGUCCUUUCCCUCUCCUCUUGGCUGCUGUGAGUCUGCACUGCUCUCCUGAAGCACAGGGUAUCUGAGCAAGUCUCUGUGUGUGCAGUUCUUCAUUAUUAAACUGUUCUUUCAGCAAAAUCUUUGAUCGUUAACACGGUUUACUUUAACAACAGCGUUUGAUGUUACUAACAGUUCAACUACUCGAUGAAGCAACUCCAACUGCAAACUGCUGUUUGAGCAUCACAGUGUACUGCUGCAGAGAUGAACCAUGGCAGAUGGCUUGACCUCACAGUUCCUAUAAAAGCAGUCCCUUAUUCACAACUAAUGUGGAUAAAGAUGAUGAGUUAGCACUAGUUGUUAUUAAUUUGAAGUUUUAUUCUUGAAACUUGAAGAUGUCCCACUGCCUGUUCUUCAGUAGGAAGUUAUUGCUGCUCUUAGUGUUUACAGAUGCUUAAUCUGAUUUGUUACAACUUAAUUAUUUAAAAUCUGUUUUAGAGAGUGUAGGCAGGUCUGUAAAUGUAUUUGUGCACUUCCCUUAUUCUUCUAAAAAGACUUAUCUCUUAGAAUAUUUUUAAAAAUAUGAUAUUUAGCACAGUCUUAUUAGCUUGGAAACAUGAAACAGUUUCGUACACAAUCCUAAAAGCAGUAAAUCAGCUUCUCAGUAGUUUUUGAUAAAGAACAGCUAAAAUUAUUUCUAAGCAUUGGACACAUAUGAAGAGAAUGCCUUUAUUUGAAUUAGCACUUAAAUAUGUGGUUUGGUCUGAUGCUGUGGUUUUAUUUGCUCCUCUUGAAUUUUUGAAGUGAUGAGAUCAGAGUUAAAAGGUAUAUGAAGAGUUACAAGUGAUAAUCUAAGUAAGGGUGCUCUACUUUCUAUCUACAAGUGCAAUAUGCUUUUAUGUAGCAGAGGGAAACUUCUUUAACAAUAAUGUGGCUUGGAGUGAGAUGUGCAUGUGACAGCUUGGAAAAGGGGUAUCACAACUGGAGUGCAGCACUGUUUUAUGUCCAGCAGAAUAAAAUCUUUAAAGAGCUGAUUUUAGACAGUCUAAAAAUGUUAGUAUUUGGGAACCCCAUCUUAAGCCUCUUGUGCAUAAAUAGUGUUAUGGAAAUUAAUGGCUACUGUAGAGAAUUAAUUUAUAAAUGUAUAUAUAUAUCUUAACAAAUACUGCUUUUUCUCACUCAGUAACCUCAAGUUAAAAUAUUCAAGUGUAGCAUUUGAGGGAGUAUCAGCAUAAAUCUUGCUUACUGUGAGACUGCAUUUUUCCUUCCCAUACCUGUUAAAAUUCCAUGAUGCCAUAAGGCUUAAGUCCUUGUAGAUAUGCACAUUUAGAUUAUUUUUCUUAACUGACUACAAAAUAACUUAAUUACAUCAAUUUAUUGGAGAAUGUGCACAGCAUAUGGCACCCAUUUGAGCUUGGCUUGUGACACCAUUGUCAAAUUUAUCAUAGGUUUUAAGAUAGAGAAGCAACAUACCCUUCAUGUGUCUGUCAUCUGAGCCAGUAUGGCUUAGUGUGUAAAUCUGUAUUUAGCUGUGGAAAAAUCCUUCUAGGAGUGUAUAUAGUUGAGAAUUCUUUUUUUUUUUCCCCUUCUCCUUUCUUAAGCCAUUGAUAGCAAUGAGAUAUUCUUCAGUAAAUGUGUGGAGUGUUUGGUUGCAUAAAGGCGGUUAUUGUUUGGGCUGGAAAUUGUUACUGGCCCGGGAUUUCCCACUAAAACGUACAAAUAUUCCUAAUUAUGCACCAGUUUGGUUUCUUUUUGCUUUUUCAGCUUGCAUUAAUCCAUGUUCAGAACUUUCAAGUAACCUUUGAAUUUUUUAAACUUUUUAUAUCACUGGAACAGAAAGAACAUCUAAAUGAAAGCUUCAAGCUAACUUUAUUUUUCAAGUACUGCAAGAAUUAUACUUCUGAACUGAGAUUUUAUAAGUUGACUUUCUGCUGAGAACUUACAUGAACUUCUUAAAAUGUAAUUUUAUAAUGAUGCAAACAGGUUGUUAAUUGAAGCAUAAUGACAAUUACAAUAUAAACUAAUGCAAAAAUUAUUUAAAUAGUGAAAAAGUAAACUUUGUAUUCUGUACAGCUUUUUUAAAUUAAGUUGCUGUAAUUCACACUGCUGUGAUGUAGAUACUGUAAUGUGUGCCUUGUAAAAUAUAUGUACUGUAUGUUAUAUGGAGAAAUAGAUACUUUAACACUGAAAAACUAGUAAUUUGAUACUGGUUGGUAUUACUUAGUCUGAAGUGCAACAUUUAGCAAACAGUUUUGGAAAAGGAAUCCAUUGGCAUGGACAUGGCAAUGAGUUCCAGAAGCUAGACCUUGAAAAUGUGAAUUACUGCAAAUAGCUGUUGGUGGGGGGCAUUAGAACAAAUUAACUUUCUUGUGUUAAGUGAACAUUUCUUACAGGUUUAAUGUGAAAUUGUAACUUAAACAUUAGAGAUGGUUUUAAUAGCUAAGAACAUUCCACAUAUUAAACUUUGUGUAUGAACUGUGCAAUAAAGUUACUUUGGAAGAAAUGUCAGAGUUCUUUUAAGCUUAAGGAAUCUCUUGGCUUUAGUACCACAGAAGUCUGAAAAGUGAGUUUUGAUCCAAAUACAACUGCAUUGUACAGGUGGUGUGGUUAAAAGUGUGGCACUGUGAGUCAGAGCUCUCUUAAACAUUGAAGGGUGGUAUCAACAAGGUACCUCAAUGCAAUUCUCUAAAAAAAAAAAAAAAACUGGCUCUGAUUUGACCUCUUCUAGGUACACAACUAAAUUAAAACGUUUUGAAGUGAUAGGAAAAAUUAAGCAACUCUACUUCUUAGAGGAAAAUAUUGAGGAAAUGAUUGGGGAAAUGAUUUUUAUUUUCAGGGAAGUGUGACACACUUUUCCCCCAAGUUAUUUUGUUAUGUUUCUGAUGGUAUUUUAAAGUUUAAGAAUGCUAAGUUUUGAAAUAUUUUUUCUUAAUUUUUCCUUGGUUUAAGAAUUGAAAUAUGUAAUUAAUGUAACCUUUUCCUCUGUCUAGUUACUUGGCUUAUCUGUCUGGAUCUUUUGAAGCCAAGUCAGAAAUGUGAGAGAAAUUCAUUAACAGAGCAGGAAAUUAGAAUGGAGGAAAUGACCAGUUGACAGGCACAGCAAGGAGGUAGGUUUACCAGAGCAAUUAGCAAACCUUUAUAUUUUUAUAUUUACUAGAUUUCAAGGCACCAUAUCAAUAUGAUGGGUAUGUUUUUAUUUCCAUGGGAAAUGAUAUAUUUACCUUCCUUAUCUUUUCUUUAAAGAAAAUUCUAUACAGAAUUAGAAAGGUGUUCUAAUCCAUACUCUCUCCAGUUCUGGGAACCAGGGCAACCACUGAAAUCUCUGUGUCACAGGUUUGAACUGAGCUGUUCAAUCCCACCCCUGUAGAGCUGUAUGUGCCAAGUGUAUUAUUUUUGGAAGGAACAUACUGGCUGUGGUUCUUUGUGCUUUGUAUCCAGCUAGAUCCUGGAAGAACAGCCCCCUCAGGAAGCCCUAAGGAUGUUUGAUAGAAGUAAGAUCUUGAUGUUAACCUGGCUGGCCUUAAUCCUUACACUGCAUAUACAUAAUACUUUAAUUUUGUAUUCACACACACUCUAAUGGAAGCAAUAUGACAGUAAUUAAGUAUUUUCUCUGGGCUUCUGUUGUUAAAUCAUCAUUGAAUAUAACUUGCCAGAGGUUUUAUCCUCACCUGUUUUAAGUGGGUGAACAGAAUUCUGCAUUAUGAGUGUGUCUUAAAUAUCAGUCAUUUUGAAAUCGAAUUUUUGUUAACUGUCAUUUCUUCAGAUGCUUGAUUCCAAGGCCUAAAUUUAUCAUAGAGCAAUAUUUUUUAAGGACUGAAAACUUUUCUGCUGGGAUGUGUCAGUGGAAUUAGCCUGGAUGGGGCUGUGUGCUUUUCCAGGGACCACAGUGUGUGAUCACCAAGGUAACGUUCUGCUCUGAGCCAGCCGAUGUUACAUCCGUGAGGGAUGGGGUAGCACAUUCUGCUUUUGUGCCUGUGCUGCCUAGAUGAUCAUUAGCAGAUUUUUACUUACCUCACUAACCCAUCGAAAUUCAAAUAGUAAACACUGGGCAUGGAGUUUGGAGGACUAAUAUUAAAAGGAAGUAGAAGUUUUGUGAACUGGAUAGUACUCUGACAGUGUGUGUCUGCUGGAAUGAAGAAUAAAUCCAAUAGGUGAUUAAAUGAGCACCCUUAUUUGGUUCAAAGUGCUAAUUAAAAAUGCUAGGUGUUUUGACAAAGUAAGCCUAAAGUAUUUGGAAACCUGCACCUCUGAACUUUGUAAGUGUAAGCAGGUAGGAGUUUGAUACAAUAAUCUGUGCUUCCAGGCUGAUGUGGUUCUGACCCUUUUAACAAAUCCUGAAAAACUGUGUUUUAUGUGAGACAGUCCCUGUCAGUCAUGGUGAGUGAUUAAUGAAGUAGUGGUGUUGGUGUCUCACUGCUAUACAGACUGUGCUGUUUAACAGUGCUCUUGAAUGCUUUGAGAGGCCUGAGGGAGAAAUGCGUAUUUCUCAGUUACAGAUGAACCUGUACUCCUGUGCUUCACCGGUGCUGCACGUGUACAGAAAUAAAGUUUGUGUACUGAAAGAGA